UACUAGCAAAAGUUGCAUUUCCUAGGUGUUCGCCAGAGCGUCUAGCAACAGUUUCGAAGCAAAUCGUUUAGUUUCUAGUAUGGUUUAAGUUAAUUCCUGUGAUAGAUUAAUUAAAAAGACAAAAUGAGAUUACAAAUAUUCACCUCAUUAGUCGCUUACCUAGUGGCGUUUGCCAUACCAGUGGUUCACAUAUUCCUUAUGUGGAAAUUAUGGGGAAAAUACCACUUUCCAGUGGAUAAGGCUAGUUGUACUUGCGAAUGCUGGGAUACCGUUUUUAAAGGUCCGUACGAAAACAGUAUCAGCAAAUACAAAACGUUUUAUUUCAAUUCCACCUUUGAUAUGAUGAAAAUAUGGCUUCUUCUGCUCACCGGUGUUAUCGUCUUGUAUGAAUGCAUGAAGUACAUCACGGAAAUGAUCGUGACGGGCCGUGUCCGAUUUUCUAUGCUCCUUUUAUUUUUUACAUCUUUAUACCCACACUAUUAUUCCUUGUGGGUGUAUAUAAAUUACAUCAACGAUCACUUUUACGAACAAUGGGACCAUCAGCUUUACUUCACUAUCACAGAGAUUAUUUCCACUUCAAUUGUGCUGAAUCUUAUAAAUAGGAAUAAGCAAUUACGACCAUUUAAAUUACUAUUGAUAAUGGCAAUUAGCGUAGUACACAUAUGUGUUUCCGGGGUAGAUAAUUUUUUCGUGAACGUUAUUUUGGCUAAAGGAAGUUUGCACAGGGUAUUGCGAGAUUUAGGUUUUCUGAUUUCGGAUUUGUCUCAGUUUGGGGUGGCAUUUUUAUAUCUGGCUAAGAUGAAAUGCUUUCGAAUUCGAGACAGGAAAACGUGGUUUACUGACAAGUUGUUCUUUAUUCAGGUUUUGUUCUUUGUUAUCUUUGUUGGUGUUAGUUUAAUUACAUUAUUACGUCGUUGAUCUAAACCAAAUUAAAACCAAGAAUCGAAAUUUAACAUUGAUAUAUUUCUCAAUAAGAGAAAACUGUGUCGGUAAGUUGAAUGUUUGUCCUGUUUUGUUAGAUGGCGCUGCAAGAUCAAAUCCUACUAAAAUGAUGAAUAUUCAUCUGCUUGAUCAUGCAACAGUGUGGCGAAACAUGCCGCAGACUAGUAAAAGUUUCAGUGAAACCCGUAAGGUUUAUCCUUUCUAUCGACGAUAAAAUGAUUCCUUUGGGUCGUUACUUUGAUUCGGUUUACUUAUAUGAAUAUUAAUGAAUCACAAUAAAAUUUUGUUUUAAGAUUUAUUAUUGAAAUUUUAAUAGCAUGUGCAACAAUGACACAAACUUUAUAAAAUGAUAUUGUAUGUUACCGAUUUCAUUUCAAAAUUUCGCCUCGCGAUAAACACUAUAAAAUUACCUACCUCCGUAAACUUCUCAAAAGUAGUAUAUUGCGUGAUUAUAUCCUGAAUUUUUGCGAGUUCUACUGGUAUAAUUGCCGUAUACUUAAUAAUUUAAUGCGUCGAAUUUUUUAUUACACUUCUCCACACGCUUUGGAGUUUAUAGUUGUUUUUAUUGAUUAUAUCAUUGUAGUAAAAUCAAGAAGUCAUAGUAUCAUAUCAAUAAAAUAUAAUUGUAGCACAUUGUAUGCCAGUUAUGCGUUGCAUUUGAUAUGAAUUCGUAAUUUACUGCUUUCAAACUAUCCUGAAACUAAAGCAAGUUAAGGAACGCGACUAAAAGUAGUCAUAAUUCUGCCGGGAUUGAUUUGAUGUUGAAUGGACGCCCUAAAAGUUAGUCAGUGUUAAUGAUACUGUUGCUUAAAAGGCAAACUAAACUAGCGAAGUAUGAAAGCAGGGAAGCAAUGUGAAUUAGGGAAAGUAACUUGAAAAGAAAUAAUAAAGGUAAUAGAAUUGAA